AGCGACUAUAUACAUUUUACAGAUUUGCAUUCAUUUCAGAUUAAAUACAUUUAAUCAACAAUUUCAGAUUCUAUAAAUUUCCCAAACUUCACCAUUAACUUAAAAUCAGAAAAAAAAACAUUACCGCAAAGAUGAAAAAAAAUUAAACAAAACAAAAACAAACAAACAACUGCACCAUGUUUCGCUUGACAAAAGGGAAAUGACCCAUACCAAAGUUCACCUUAGGAGCAACCUAGCGUCCGAGGAGAAUGCUGGAACCUAAAAGUGUGGAAGGUGUUGACCUGGAGCCACCUCCUCCAGGGCUUUCCACGGAGUUUCAGACACUCUUCACUAGUGAGGCUCUGCAAUUUCUGUCUGAUUUGUGCUCCACAUUCCAACCAGAGGUUGACAAGGUCCUUAAGAUGAGAACCCUCCGGAAGGUUCAGCUAGAUUUGACUGGAGAGCUGCCAGACUUCAGAAAGGACACAGCCCACAUUCGCAACGACCCCUCCUGGAGAGUCAGCCCUGUCCCUUCCCGACUGCAGUGUAGACAUGUGGACAUCGGUGAUCUCUCACCUUGUGACACAAAGCGUCUGACGCAGGGCCUCAGAUCUCCAGCCCAAGGAAUACAAGUAGAUUUUGAUGAUGGCAAUUGUCCAACAUACUACAAUCAGAUAAAAGGCAUCUAUAAUGUUUACAUGGCUGUACACAACCAGUUUGAUGAUGCACCACCCAUAUCUCAAGCUCCAGUUCUUAUGCUCCGUCCCCGUGCCUGGAACAUGGUGGAGCACCACAUGCUGGUGAAGGGUCGGGAGGUCCCUGGUCCACUCUUUGAUUUUGGCCUGCUCAUGUUCCACAACGCAAAGCAUUUGUUCGAGACUGAAAGUGGGCCUUUUUUCUACCUGUCCAAGGUUGAGAGCUAUCUGGAGGCAAAUCUGUGGAAUCGGGUUUUUGUCUGGACGGAGGACAGGCUCGGCUUGCCAGUGGGCAGCACCAAGGCAACCGUUCUAAUAGAGUGUGUCCUGGCCUCGUUUGAAAUGGAAGAGAUUCUGUAUGAACUGCGGGAACACUCUGCGGGUCUGAACUGCGGCAUCUGGGAUUACUCGGCUUCCUUUGUAAACAAAUUCGGUCACCGGCCAGAUUUCCUGCUCCCUGACCGCAGCAAGUACGUGAACAUGGAGAAGCAUUUCCUACGCAGCUACAUGGACCUGCUGGUGCAGACGUGUCACCGCAGGGGUGCCUUGGCAACAGGCGGCAUGGCAGCACUGCUGUUGCCCAGAGACAGCAAGAGUGCCCUUUACAAGACUGUAGUGAAUACAGUCACCAGGCUGAAGCUGCUGGAAAUUAAAGCUGGAGUUGAUGGUUUCAUGGUGUAUGAUGUGAACCUGAUUGAACCCAUGCAAAGAUUGUUCCAGCAGCACUCCAAGAGCCAGAGCCAACUCCACCAGCUGCGGGCUGGCCUCACUGUGACCCCUGAAGACCUCCUGACUAUGCCAGCGGGUGGAGUGACGUUGAAUGGGUUGAUGUACAACAUUGCUGUGGGUGUGCUGUUCAUCGAAGCUUGGCUUUCAGGAAGAGGGCACUUUUUCUAUAGGGGCCAGGUAGAGGACUCAGCUACUGCAGAGAUCUCACGAUCUCAGGUGUGGCAGUGGAUCCGGCACCAGGUGAAACUGGAGGAUGAUGGGAGAACAGUGUCUUGUGGGAUGGUGAGGAGCUUGGCACAAGACCUGGUAGCUGAUCUGAGGGCAGCAACACACUGUCAGACGCAACGAGAUGAAGAGAGAUUGAUGACAGCCAUUACCAUGUUCCUGGAGGUAGUGAAAAAGAGUGAUUUCCCAGAGUUCCUCACUACCUACCUAUACCUGGACCACACCUUCCUGAGCUCUCAGUGUCUGCAUGAGGAGAGAGUACGAGAUGGAGGUCACAGAGCCCGGCUUUAGCUACAAACCCAGCUCCAUAAUUCAGACUAACCUGAUGUGCAACACAGAUGAAGGGUCAGACCUACUAUGGCUAAUAGUACAUCAGCUACUAUUGAUCUAGAUAAAGUAGAUCAAGACCUCCACAUAGAACUAUGGGGCAACCCAGAAUGCUUACAUAGUGUGAAACUAAGUGAAGUAUACCUGGCACUUGAUUUCAGAACAGACAACAAGCCUUUUGUCCAACAGUCGCUUUAUCUACCCCUCAUAAUUGCUUUGAUGUUACAUAGAGAACCAUUUCUUAAAUGAUACCUCAUGAUCAAGGCCAUGAUUUUGUAAUGCUGCAACUGACUGCAUUAGACAAGCCCCCCCCACCCAUCCCUCCCAAAAAACAAU